CGGUAGCACAGAAAGCCCAUACCCCAGCAGCUGGAGUUAUCCGAGGGGAGGGAUAGAAGUAUACGAGCGGUCCUCUUUUCUUCUUCUCUCAGAUAACAGUCUCUUCACUCUCUAAUCCCUAUCCUCUUCCCCAUUUCCUCCCUCCCUCUCUCUCUAUCCACCACCAUGGCCUCCGUCGCCGCCGCCGCCAAGCUCGCCUACCUCCCCGCAAUUGUAACCCCUUCCCUCACCCCCUCAAACCCUACCAAGAUAACCCUCUCCUCUUCCUUCACCCCCUCCACCACCACCCUCUUCCUCCACCCGGCCACCACCGCCGCCCCCCUCAUCUCCCGGCGCCGCUUCUCCGUCCGCGCGGCCCGCGGCAAGUUCGAGCGCAAGAAGCCCCACGUGAACAUCGGCACCAUUGGGCACGUGGACCACGGCAAGACCACCCUGACGGCGGCCCUGACCAUGGCCCUGGCCUCCGUGGGCGGCUCCGCCCCGAAGAAGUACGACGAGAUCGACGCGGCUCCCGAGGAGCGCGCCCGCGGCAUCACCAUCAACACCGCGACCGUGGAGUACGAGACCGAGAACCGGCACUAUGCCCACGUGGACUGCCCCGGGCACGCGGAUUACGUGAAGAACAUGAUCACCGGCGCCGCCCAGAUGGACGGCGCCAUCCUGGUGGUGUCCGGCGCCGACGGCCCCAUGCCCCAGACCAAAGAACACAUCCUCCUGGCCAAACAAGUGGGCGUCCCCUCCAUGGUUGUGUUCCUCAACAAACAGGAUCAAGUCGACGACGAGGAGCUCCUCCAGCUGGUCGAAUUGGAGGUUCGCGACCUCCUCUCCUCCCACGAAUUCCCCGGAGACGACAUCCCCAUCGUCUCCGGCUCCGCCCUCCUGGCCCUCGAGGCCCUCACCUCCACCCCCGGCCUCAAGAAGGGCGAGAACGAGUGGGUCGACAAAAUCUACCAGCUAAUGGAGGAGGUGGACAAUUACAUCCCCAUCCCACAGCGCCAAGUGGACCUCCCCUUCUUGAUGGCCGUGGAGGACGUAUUCUCCAUCACCGGCAGAGGCACCGUGGCCACGGGGAGAGUGGAGCGAGGCACCAUCAAGACCGGAGACACCGUGGAUCUCGUGGGAUUGAGGGAAACCCGCACCACCACAGUCACGGGAGUGGAAAUGUUCCAGAAGACUCUAGACGACGCCAUGGCCGGAGACAAUGUGGGGUUGUUGCUGAGAGGGAUUCAGAAGAUCGACAUCCAGAGAGGGAUGGUGCUGGCGAAGCCCGGGACCAUCACGCCGCACCAUAAAUUCCUUGCGGUAGUGUAUGUGUUGAAGAAGGAGGAGGGAGGGAGGCAUUCCCCCUUCUUUGCCGGCUACCGCCCUCAGUUCUACAUGAGGACCACGGAUGUCACCGGGAAGGUGAACACCAUCAUGAACGACAAGGAUGAGGAGUCGAAGAUGGUGAUGCCCGGUGAUCGUGUCAAGAUGGAGGUCGAGCUCAUCACCCCCAUCGCCUGCGAGCAGGGCAUGAGAUUUGCCAUCAGGGAAGGCGGCAAGACUGUCGGCGCCGGCGUCAUUCAAGCCAUCCUCGAAUGAAUGAUUAUAAUCAGAAUGUUUGAUUUUGUAAGGAUUCAUUAUGCCUAUGCUUCUGCAACUUGUGUUUUGGGCUCUACCAUUUUCUUUUUCUCAUGCAUUAGUGUAUUCUUAUUAGUUUUUUAGCUCAACAAAACAUGCUCUGAUGAUUUCAUCAAAUGUUUUUUGUUUUCCUUUUACUCAUUAAACUGAGGUUAUAAGAAACUUCUUUUGCAGUC